AUGCUACGUUACAAGGUAUCCGGGCCCGAUGAGUACCUUGCCAUCACGGGAUGGCGCAUCCGCACCGUCAAGAUCACCAAGUCAUGCCUGGUAUGGCCGUUCCAGCGCUACACGCCGUUCAGCGUUCAGCCGCACGACUACGCCAUGGACCUGCAGGCCAUGACAAAGGAGAAGCUCCAGUUUGCGCUUCCCGUGGUCUUCACCGUCGGUCCGGAUGUCAAUGCCCGCGGCGCCAACUCCUCCUCGGAAGCAGAAUGGGAAAACGAGGGAGCUGCCGGUCGUGAGGACAGUGGUGACGCGCUCAUGAAGUAUGCUAUGCUGCUGGCGGGCUCCGAUGACAAAAAGACCGACCACGGAGCCCACGUCGCCAGCAUUGUCAAGGGAAUUAUUGAGGGCGAAACCCGCGUCCUGGUGUCGAGCAUGACCAUGGAGGAGAUCUUUACUGAGCGGGAGAUGUUCAAGAAGCGAAUCUUUCGCAACAUCCAGAGCGAGCUUGACCAGUUUGGUCAAAUACUGACGCGUGUCAAGGAGCUAAAGGAUGCCCCCGGAUCCGUCUACUUCGAGUCCCUCUCCCGCAAAGCGCACGAGGGCGCCACCAACCAGGCCAGAAUCGACGUCGCGGAAGCGCAGCUCCGAGGCAACGUCGGCGAGGCCAAGCGCAGGGGCGAGCAGGACCGGGAAAUCGCCAAGAUCAACGCCGACACGGCCGUGCAGAAGACGGAGCGGGACAUUGAGCGCGCCAAGGCCGAGGCCCGGCUCCAGACGCAGCAGACGCACCUCACGCGAGACGUCGACGUCGCGCGCGUCGAGGCGCAGCGCGCGCUCGAGUCCAAGGACGAGGACCUGAAGAAGGAAGUCGAGAUUAAGCGGGCGGCGGCCGAGAUGGAGCGCCUGCGCGCCAAGGACGUGGUCAAGGCCACCAUCGCCCGCGAGAGCAAGCAGCAGGCCGCCGACGCCGCCACGUACGAAGUCACGGCCAACGCGCGCGCCAACCAGGAGGCGAACCAGCGCCUGGCCGACGCCGACGCCUACACGAGCCGCGUCGGGGCCGAGGCCGAAAACUACGCUGCGCAGCAGAAGGCCGCCGCCGACGCCAACAAUAAACGCGUCGAGGCCGAGGCGGAGAAGUACGCCGCGCAGCAGUUCGCCGACGCCGACGCCUACAGGACGCGGGUCGAGGCCGAGGCCGAAAACUACGCCGCCCAGCAGAAGGCCGACGCCGACGCCAACAAUAAACGCGUCGAGGCCGAGGCCGAAAACUACGCCGCCCAGCAGAGCGCCGACGCCAGCGUCAUCCGUCAGCUCAAGGAGGCCGAGGGCAUCUCCGCCAUGGCCGACGCCUACGCCAAGCUGGCGGGCGCGUUUGGCGGGCCCGCCGGCCUCCUCCAGUACAUGAUGAUCGAGAAGGGCACCUACGUCGAGCUGGCCAAGGCCAACGCCGAGGCCAUCCGCGGCCUGCAGCCCAAGAUCAGCGUCUGGAACACGGGGAGCAACAGCGCCGCCGGCGAGGCGGGGGGCGAUCCCACAUCCGCCAUGCGCAACGUCUACCAGAUGCUGCCGCCGCUGAUGACCACCAUCAACGAGCAGACGGGCAUCACCCUGCCCGAGUGGCAGUUUGGCAAGCUCAACGCCGGCAUGCAGGCCAUGAACCAAAGCAAUGUCAAUGGCCAAAAGGCCACCAAGUAG